AUGGGGCUACCGAGGAAGACGUGGAUUAUCAUCGGGGUGGUGGUCGUGUGCGCUGUCGUUGGCGUGAUUGUCGGCGUGGUGAUGACCAGCGGGUCAUCUAGUUCGACCAGCUCCACUGAUGGUGUCGACGCCAGCUCUUCGGAUUCGAGUAGCAGAGCGUACACCUCCGACGGCACUGCAUCAUCAACCAAGAAGACGACAAAGAGCAAUAAAAGUGGCUCCUCCAGCAUCACGUCGGACCCCACCAGCGUCACCUACUCGUUGUCUGCCUUUGCUAUCGGAGACUGGGGCACUACUGUCUCGCAGGAUUCAUGUUGUACUCGCUCUUCUACCUACAACGACUACGACAUUAAUGCCGAGGAUAUCGUGGCCAAUCUGAUGAAUCAGCAGGCCGGUAGUGCUGAUGUUGCCCCGAAGAUUAUCAUCAGCCACGGCGAUAAUUUUUAUUGGACUGGUAUCAACAGCGAUAACGGUCGUGACACUCGUUUCACGACGACAUUCGAGGAAAAAUACGACGGUGAAAACAUCAAAACGAUCCCGUGGGUGAAUGUUUUGGGUAACCACGACUAUGGUGGGGCCGACUACAUUUGCUCGGAUUCGGGCGACGGCACUGCUGCGUGCUCCGACUCGGACGAGCUUGUCACCGCUUUGAAAAACAAAUUUUCAUGGCAGUCAACGUACACGAGCCCGAACGACGAUCGCUGGAUUUUAGAGGACCAUUUCUACGUCUACACUAUCGAAGACGCAGAUUCUGGUGUGAGCAUUGACAUCUUUAAUGUGGACUCGGGCGAUGCUGAUACCCACGGCGCGAUGCAGACUUGCUGUCAAUGCUACGGCUACGCUGGAGACGAUGACGACACCUGUGAUAACGUAUCUCGUGGAGACGAUGCUUGUUGCGGAGGUGACACAGACAUGUAUGACGAGUGCAUGGCCCAAUUCACCGAGUGGAGCGAUGAUUCUCGCACGCAACUCGCUGCAAAUAUCGCCAACUCGACGGCAACGUGGAAGAUUGUCAAUAGUCACUACAACCCGUAUGCUCACUAUGCUGAAGCAGGCAUGCAGGAGUGGUUCGAUAUCAUCAAUGGAAGUGAUGUUCAUUUGUGGUUAAAUGGACACACCCACGGCAUCCAAAAGGAGUCUGCAAGCGGUAUCCCGACGUAUGCCGAGGACUAUGUGGAGAAUCUGUGGGUAUACGAUGGUACGGAGUAUGGUUUCUUCUCGCUCACUGCGUCGGAGGACUGGCUGAAGCUGCAAUACCACACGGCCGAUGACUCGUGGUCGUAUGCGGAGAGCUUUAACUCUACCACUAUUGGAGGCGUGGCAACCAAACACUGCUGGUACGUCCCGAAUGAUGGAACCUACGGCCAGGACUGCACGUCCUCAUCUUCGUCCUCGUCGAUACUAUCUAGGAAGAUGUAG